ACAGAAAUGUUUAAUAAGUUAGGAUCCAGUUCAAAGAACCAGUUCCUUGAGCAGACAAAGGCUGCACGAGCAGAGAGAGCUCAGGGAAAGGAACGAGAAAAGUAUGCUAUAACAUUACAGGCACACAUCAGAGGUUUUCUGACCAGGCGUCGGUUUCAGAAAGGAUUAAAGGCUAGUAUUAAUGAACUACUCCAGAUUCCAGAAAAUCCAGACGAUGAAUAUAAACCCAAGUUACUGCCAUCCCUGGAAGCCUACAAGAAAAUCAAACAAUUUUUCUUUACAUUUUCACCAGAAAAUGACAAAAAGAAUUUUGAAUUUUUAUGUCGGUAUCUGUUGGCCUCCAUGGAUACAGAACAGAUAAAGUUGUGCUAUGUAUCUGUGGCUCUGAUGAAACCUUAUGUCGUUGAGUGGAUUCAACAAGCGAAGAAUGUCAUGUGGCAGAGCUGUUCAUGUCUCAGAACCCUCAGGCCUGAAAACCACACAGAAAUGCAGUCCAUUAUGUUACACUUACGACUGUUGAUCACCUUUACCAGCACCAGCACAUGGAAAAUACUCAAGGGAAAGACAGGUGAACCUCUGGCCUCUAUGAUGAAUCAACUUUGCAACAAUUUGAUGGGAAAUCUCAACACUAAAGGAAUGUACCCAAUACUUCAGGGAUUACUCAACAGGGGCCUGGCUGCCUCCAAACCUGCCUUCAAACACGCCUCCUUGUCUGCAGUCAUCACCCUGGCAUUAAGGCCUCUCAUUGCUUCCAAUUUCUCUGAAAACCUGAUGAACGUGUUUAUACUACACAUCCUCUCAGUGCCUGCUAUUGUGUGUCACAUGUCAACCUUGUCUCCUGUUUGCCUUAACCAGAUGGUCACUCACAGAAUAUUCAAACGGUCCCUGGAUCUUCUGACCAAUGAACAAAGCACCAGGAUCAUCUUCAACUCCCUAGAGGGCAACUACGCCCUCUGUCUCCUUGCAAAUCUCGUGCAGCUUGGUUACUUGGAGCUAGAGGGUCUGGUGGAAAAUACAUUGAGCUUCAUGACGGUUGUGAUCCGCUUGUUGGAGAGUUGUAAAGUGUAUGUGCUAAACAAGAAGUCCAACCUGACCCACUGGCAUCCAGUCCUCGGCUGGUUUUCCCAGAACACAGACCAGUGCCUCCAUGCAGCCAUGCCAUAUGUUGUGAAACAGCUACAGCUACUGUGGUGUGAGAAGAUGAUAAGACUUCUCUUCCUUGAACUUAUUACCUACGUCGAGGCUGACACAGAAAAACAGAGCAACAAAUCUUCCACACCAUCAAAAAACAUAGUUCUGCGAGUUUUAGACAAAGCCUCUUCUAAACCUCCAGUGAAGAUAAAACUGGAGAGUUCCAUAGCGACAUCAACGUGUCUACCAUGUGCCCUUUACCAGACUACGAUCAACACACUGUCACAGCUCCGACUAGACAUCCUGGGAGGACUGAGUUAUAAUGACGUUCUACUGCCUAUCCUGUGGAAAUUUUUAUGUGACAUGGGUCCCAACUGUGGCCUCAAGACCUUUGUGGAGCUCCUCAGUCAGACACCAAACUCCACCAUACAUCCAGUGUUUAGUCUUCUAACAGUGUUCUGUGAAUCAGCUAGUCACUACAUCACGACUUUAGAUGAUAUAGAAAUGUACGAACAGAAAAAGAUAUUCAGUCCUACAGACUAUAUGAAGAUGAGUGAAUUCCUCAACCUGUUCGUGUUUCGUGUUAUCUGGCACAACCUUAUAGAUAUACAGACAGCUAGUACUAAUGAUAUGUUUGGAGCCGCGCGGGGCCUGCUGAUGAUUCUGUAUGAGAGAGACUGUCGGAAGUCCUACACAGAAAAGGAUCAUUGGUUAAUAAGAGACAUCAAGCCCAGUUUAUUUAUCAGUGAACUAGAAAAGGGAAGGAAGACUGCUGUUUAUUUAAUGCAGAAAGUACCACACAUUAUACCAUUCUCAGAGCGGGUGAAGAUUUUCCGGCGUAAUGUUACAAAGGAGAAGGAAGUGAUGGGGCUGACUGAGUCAGCGUGUGCCUCACCCCAGUCUACACUUAUCACUAUCAACAGGGGACGUGUUGUUGAGGAUGGAUACAGACAACUGGCUCAACUACCUGCUCGGUCAAUGAAGGGAGUCAUCAGGGUCAAGUUCAUCAAUGAACAGGGCCUGGAUGAGGCAGGUAUUGAUCAGGACGGUGUGUUUAAAGAGUUUUUGGAGGAAACCAUUACCAAAGUGUUUGAUCCUUCACUUAACCUAUUCAAGGUGACAAGUGAACAAAAGCUCUACCCAUCUUCUACAUCACAUAUACAAGAGAACCACCUGACGUUGUUUGAGUUUGUCGGCAAGAUGUUAGCCAAGGCUGUGUACGAGGGUAUCGUCGUUGAGGUUCCUUUUGCACCAUUUUUCUUGACACAGAUACUUGGCCAUCAGCAGAGCGCCACCUACAGUUCACUCGAUGAAUUACCUUCACUCGAUCCUGAACUUGCCAAAAGUCUCUGUUAUACAAAGCAUUAUGAUGGUGAUAUCAGUGACCUUGAACUGACCUUCUCCUGUGACGAGGACUGUAUGGGAAGAAUAGAAACCCAUGAGCUAGUGCCAGGGGGAAAGGCUAUCUCUGUCACUAAUGAAAACAAAAUACGAUAUGUCCAUCUGAUGGCACACUUCCGUAUGUACCGCCAAAUCAAGGAGCAAUCUAUGGCUUUUAUACGUGGCUUUAAGACUGUCAUCAAUUCUGAUUGGUUAAAGAUGUUUUCUGCCCCAGAACUUCAGAAGCUUAUAUCCGGUGAUAAUGCUGACCUUGACAUUGGAGAUCUGAGGCGACACACACAGUAUUAUGGUGGUUAUCAUAACAACCACAAAGUGAUCAACUGGCUGUGGGAUGUGCUGGACAAGGAUUUCUCCUCCUCAGAAAGGGGACUGUUUCUCAAGUUUGUAACAAGUUGUUCCAAGCCACCAUUACUAGGAUUUGCCCACCUAGAGCCACCUUUUUCCGUGAGGUGUGUUGAGGUCAGCGAUGACCAGGACACAGGAGACACAGUGGGUAGCGUCCUCAAGGGUUUCUUCAACAUCAAGAAACGAGAUCCUGUUGGGCGUCUCCCAACUUCUUCUACCUGUUUCAACCUCCUUAAACUUCCAAACUACCAGAAGCGCAGUACACUUAAGGAAAAACUUCGUUAUGCCAUCAAUUCCAACACUGGUUUCGAAUUGUCCUGA